AUGCCACAGCUAGCCCUGCUGCUGCCCUUGCUGUGGGUGGAUGAGCAGCCCCUCUCCCCAGGACACCUGAACCUGAGGCUGAGCCAAGAUGGCUCCUUCUGGUGGGCCAAGUCCCUCAUGGGGCCUGGGCUCUACCUGCACCACCUGGAAAGAAAUCAGAAAAGGACCUUUGAUAAGCCUCCUGUGCUGGUGUCCUUGGCGGGCGGGCAGAACCAAGGCCAGAGUGUCCAGACCUGGCCGCCCCUCCCAGCCAGCAUGCUGCUGCCGGCCCUGCAGCUGCCCCUGCUGUGGGUAGGGUCCCUGCAGCAGGAAAUGCACUACAAGCUGCAGAUGCAGGAGUCAGUGACGGUGCAGGAGAACCUGUGUGUCCUGGUGUCCUGCUCCUUUUCCUACCCCCAGCACGGCUGGAACCGCUCUACCCUGUUUCUGGCUACUGAUCCUCCUCAGGGCCUGACAGUCAACAUCACCAGCGCCCAUGGCACAGUGUGGUGCCACUGCCACCCCCAUAGCUCUGUGCUCCGGGCCUCCAUCCCUGUGGCCUGGACUCUGGUCCUCUGCCUGCUGCCCCUGGGAAGGUGGCUGCUUCUGUCCCUGGAGUCUCAGCUGAGGCCAGAAGUGCGGGAAGUUAUGGGAAGCGACCCUGUGAACGUGCCCUGCGUCAGGUCCCAGAUGCCCCCCGUGCUGCCCGGGUGGUCAUCCUGCGAGUCCUUCUCUGUGGCCCCUCUGCCGCGUGAAAGUGGCAGAGCUGAGUCGCUGUUUCAUCUUGGGGCCCGUGUGGUGGCUGUUCUGCCCCUCUCUGUCUCUCCUCGCUGUGUCGCGGGCCAGCUUCCUCCACCUGUGCCUGCCUCUCUCUGUCCAGCCCUAGACACUCAGAGAAAUGGCUCCUACCUGGAAGUCCAGAAAGGCCAGGUCCUGAGGCUCCUCUGUGCUGCUGACAGCCAGCCCCCUGCCGCGCUGACCUGGGACCUGGGGGGCAGAGUCCUCUCUCAGUCCCCUCCCUCAGGACCCAGACCCUUAAGGCUGGAGCUGCCUGGGGUAAAGUCUGGGGAUGCGGGGAGCUACACCUGCCAAGCAGAGAAUGAGCUGGGCUUCCACCACCACACCCUGGACCUCUCAGUGCAGUAUCCUCCUGAGGACCUGAGAGUCACAGUGUUCCAAGAAAACAGCACAGUCCUGGAAAUGCUCGAGAAUGGCACAUCUGUGCCCGUCCUGGAGGGCCAGAGCCUGCGCCUGGUGUGUGUCGCUCACAGCAACCCCCCAGUCAGGCUGAGCUGGGCCUGGGGGACACAGACCCUGAAUUCCUCAAGGCCUUUGGCCUUUGGCGUUGUGGAGCUGUCCUGGGUACAGACAGAGCAUGAAGGGAACGUCACCUGCCAUGGAAACCCACUGGGCAUCCACAGUGUCUCUCUGAGCCUCUCUGUGCACUACGCCCCCCAGCUGCUGGGACCCUGGUGCUCUCGGGAGGCUGAGGGUCUGGGCUACCAGUGCUCCUCCCGUGCCCAGCCUGCACCGUCCCUGGGCUGGUGGCUGGAGGGGAACAGCAGCAACGCCUCCUUCAUGAUCUCCACCAGCUCUGCUGGGCCCUGGGCCAACAGCUCUGUUAGUGUCCAUGGCAGGCUCAGCUCUGGCCAGCUCAGCUGCAAGGCACAGAAUGUGCACGGGGUCCAGAGUGCCACUGUCCUGCUGCUGCCAGGUGAGGGCCCAGGAGUUUGGGAGCGGUGGGGGCUUAGGGGGAGUUGGAUUUGAGGAAGGAUGAAGUCCAGGGGCCGGUGUUUUGGGAACCAAAGGUAGUGAACUAAUAUUUUACUUUGGGAGGGACCAUGACUGAAGUCCUGGGGUCUGAGGGCAGUGUGCGUUGCCCCAGGGACUGGAAAGUUUCCAAAUAGCUUCGUGCUCUCUGGCUGUGAUGGGCAAGCUCAUGUUCACAGAUACUGGAGGUCAGGAAAUAUCUGCUAAAGACAGUGUACAGAAUGCAGGCCUCCAGGUAUAGAAUGGGACCUCAGCUUAAAAUACUAAACUUACCCAUAAUCCCAGCACUUUGCAGGCUGAGGCAGGAGGAUUGCUGUGAAUUCCAGGCCAGCCUGGGCAACAAAAUGAGUUCAAGGCCAGCCUGAAUCAUAUAGUAAAACCCUGUCUUAAAGAAAAAGGCCUAAAUAAAUAAAUGAAUAAAAUGCUCAGUUUAAUCCCCAUUUUAUUAUCCAUGCUUACUGCUGUCACUGUUGGCGGGGGGGGGGGGUGCGAAGCAACACCCUAUGCUCCCUGUUGUGCUGCAAGUGUAACACAUAUGGGUUCAUAGAGCCAGGCCA